AUGGCCACGGUUGCGCAGGAUCGUGCUAGUAGCAGCCCCUACACGGGCUCCUCUGCCUUCUUUGAAGCCUUAUGGGAUGCAGGAGUCACCCAUUGCUUCUGCAAUCUCGGAUCAGACCACCCCAGUAUUCUUGAAGCGAUCGUCCAUGGGAAACAAACAAGGCCGGAUAGGUUUCCGACCAUCAUAACAUGUCCGAGUGAGAUGGUGGCCAUGUCCAUGGCCGAUGGCUUCGCUCGCGUGACAGGGAAACCUCAAGCAGUCAUUGUUCACGUCGACGUGGGCACUCAAGCCCUGGGAUGUGCUGUUCACAAUGCUUCUGUCGGGCGGACGCCGCUGCUCAUCUUUGCAGGGCUGUCGCCCUUCACCAUUGAAGGGGAGCUGAAAGGAUCUCGUACAGAGUAUAUACAGUGGCUUCAAGACGUUCACAAUCAAAAAGACAUUGUGGGACAAUAUUGUCGGUACUCCACCGAGAUUCGCACCGGUACAAACAUCAAGCAAAUCGUCAAUCGAGCGCUGAGCUUUGCUUCAAGUGACCCCAAAGGACCGGUGUACUUGUGCGCAGCUAGGGAAGUGUUGGAAGCAGACUUAGCUCCUUACCAAAUCAAUCAGAACUUUUGGAGUCCCGUGGAUCAAGUGGCACUCUCGUCUACUGCGGUACAAACCAUCGCUGAUGCUCUCGUCAAUGCUCGGGAGCCGCUUGUCGUGACAGGAUAUAGCGGCAGAGACGCAAGGGCACCGGCUGAGCUGGUAAACUUGGCCAACACCGUCAAGGGGUUGCGAGUCUUUGACGCCGGAGGAAGUGACAUGUGUUUCCCUGCCGACCACCCGGGCUGGCUUGGUUGUGGAUACGGUGGACAUGAGAGCAUCCGGUCAGCCGACGUCAUUCUGGUUCUCGACUGCGACGUUCCCUGGAUCCCGACGCGAUGCAAGCCCCAUGAUGAAGCUCUUGUCUUGCAUGUUGAUAUAGACCCGCUCAAACAAAGCAUGCCAGUCUUCUACAUCAACGCCCAGCACCGCUACCGCGCCGAUUCAUACACAGCGUUGAAACAGAUCAAUGAAUAUGUGGCGUCAAAUACUAGCUACAGGUCCAUCAUAGAGUCCAACAACUAUGCUCUGCGAUGGGAGAGACUCUUGGGCUCGCAUGCUCAGCACUUGAAGAAGAUUACAGAGGCUGCGAUGCCGACUGAAACAGGACACCUUUCAGCCCACUAUCUACUCAAUCAGUUACGAAAGGCGUUGCCCGAGAACACCAUUUUUGUGGUUGAGGCCAUCACAAACACUGGGGUUGUUUCAGAACAGAUCCAGGCGACACUGCCAGGCUCUUGGCUGAAUUGUGGCGGAGGAGGUCUGGGAUGGAGCGGAGGCGCCGCUUUAGGUGUCAAGCUCGCGACCGACUAUGUGGGAGAGAAGCGGUUCGUUUGUCAGAUUGUUGGCGACGGCAGCUAUCUCUUCUCGUUUCCUGGCUCCGUGUACUGGAUAGCCAGGCGUUACAACAUCCCCAUUCUGACCAUUGUUCUGAAUAAUAAUGGAUGGAACGCGCCAAGGAAUUCACUCCUGUUGGUCCGUCCGGAUGGGCCGGCUUCGAAAGUAGACAGGAGCGAGCUCAACAUUAGCUUCUCGCCAGCCCCCGAUUAUGCUGGAAUCGCCAAGGCGGCUGGUCAUGGGGAUAUUGGCGUGUUUAGGACAGCACGCGAAGAUGAUGUCCCCCACAAACUAGCUGAGGCUGUCAAGUUUGUUCAGGGAGGUACGUCUGCUGUAUUUGACGCGCAGCUGGAUGGGCCAGACGGGAAAUAUUCAGCUGAUCCAUGA